CACAACCGUCACCAUUUCGUUUUCAUUAAUGGACUUUCUUUACGUAAACACUGAUCGUGGAGUUUAAUGACAGACAAGCUCAUGACUUGUGUUUUAUUAACAGGAUCAGGACUCAUCUUACACCAUUAGUGAGGCAGAGAGAGCAUUUGGGAGUCACAUGCAGGCAGAAGAUGAGCGGUAAACAGACGAUUGGAGCACAGCCCGCCUCUGAGCGCUCUACACUAUGAACAGCACCACACAGCCCCCUCACAUUAUCAAUGGAGAUGUGGCCGUUAGCUAUGUGCUUGUCCCGUUCUUCCUCAUCAUUGUGAUCGGGAUUGUCGCUGCAGUGGUGACGUACAUAAGACGGAAACGAAGGAUUGAUAGACUUCGGCAUCAGUUGCUACCGGUGUACACAUAUGACCCAACUGAAGAGCUGAACGAGGCAGAACAGGAAAUUCUUUGGAAAGAGGAAGACACAAAGGUGGUAAAGGGUUGGAUGAGGACAUAUCAGCAGCGGCGACCCCUUGACCCGCUGUCAAAGGAUCCUGAUGCAUGAAAAUUAAGUUUUGCAGAUAAGCUGGUUUCACUGCAGCAUGCUGCGAGUGUUUUUCACUAAAAACCCACCUCCACCCCAGCUUCACUUGUCUAGAUCUGCUACAUGUGGAGUCAAAGUCCCUUAUAGGACGGUUUAGAUUCAGAAGAUGGAGAAUUUUGAGCAAUAAACUACUGAUUUACCUUUGGCCAUUUGAAGUGAUGAGUCUCGAAGAGCUUUUCAGCACCUCUGUGUCAUGAGAAGUCUUCAGGGCGCUGGUGACUCCUCACACAGCAUUGGGAUGGUACUUUUUCACCUCAGGUCUUUUCCUGCAAAUAUGGUCCAAUAUAGAGCCACAAUUUCACCUCUGAAGAGCAGCAAAUUUGUUGUUUGAACAACUCUCGGUUUACUAAGACCCAAGAAGGACUUUCACUGUUAUGAUUCUUUAUUUAUUCUAGUUUUAUGAAUUCUGCUGAUGUUCUGUGCUAUUAAAUCCCUGUCCGAGCCAUUUCAUAUUAGCCAUAUUGAGUAUGCAUGAAUGUAAUGUGUUCUUGGUGUGUAAACCAAAACCAUGCUGGGUUACAGUGGCUAGCCGAUCCUUUAAUCCAGUUGUUCUCAACUAGUUUAGCUGCAGGACCCAAAUAUUAUAGUGCCAAAAUUGUUUAUCUUACAAAUGUAAACAUAUGUCCCUUAAAUCAAACAAUUUUGAUGGUUCCAUGCACUUUGCAGACAGUAAUUCACUGCGCAAAACACAUUGUGGUCGGCUCAAACCAUGCAAGUAACCCGUAUUUAAUGUAGUCUUGGUUGUGUUUUAUCUAAAGCUGUUUUCACACUUGGAUAGAUUGUUUGGACCGAACCUGAUUUUGAUUGAGGGCACAUCAUUUUGGCAUCUGCAAAAUUUCACUAGCUUCCACCAAAUGACGUGAUUUUAAAAUACUGAACAGUUUUAUUUGAUGCACUGCUUUACAAGUCAUCAAAAGAUAUGGAAAGCAUUUCCUUCUCCCUUUUUAAAUGUUAAUGAUAAGCCUAUUUAUUUUUCUAUUCUUACCCUAUGUGCCCACUGGUGUUAAAGAAUUUCGCUCAAUACCACUCAAAAUGCUAGAGGUCGGUCACUGGGGGUGUGUCGGUAAAAAGUUGUGUGGUUAUGUUUAGUCAGUACUUUUCAUGUACUUUAAAAGUUCGAUUUCAGUCGAACUAAAACAAUCAUUUGAAAAUGCGAUUGUAGCUCGGCUUCAUCCAGCAUGUAAACACGUUAAUCGGACCACAAUUGGCCUCUGCAUAGUGUGCAGAGGUAUAGGUAUAAAAAAAGUGUCUACGUCACUUCCAACCCCUUCUAGUAUAAGUGCAAAGGAAUGGCAAUUGAAGCCGAAUGGCCAACUUGGAAACUCGUGCGAAAAUCCUCAACAAAGUUAAUGAUAAGCAUUCACUUUUAAGCAAAAAAACAAAACAUAAAUGAGUCAAAGUUCCUACAUUAUAUGAUAAUAAAUCUUGUUUAGCACACAUUUGCAGAGAUGGGUGUGUUAUGUACUAGGGAUGUCCCAAUACCAUUUUUUUUGAGAAUGAGUACGAGUACCGAUACUUUCUUUCUGAUACUUGCCGAUACCAAGUUUUUUUGUUUUAUUUUUUCGGAACUUCAUAUCAACAGAUUAUUUCAAUUUUAUCAUCAAAAUGAUGUUUAAAUUAAUGAAUUUAAUAAAACUUUAAUCAAUUUAAAAUAUAACAAUAAAUUUUCAUCAUAAUGUUGUAUUAUUUUUUAUCAGAUAAAGUGCUUAUAUACAGAACCUCACAGCACAAUCCAAAAUACAACACUGGAGUUGUACUUUGUCAAAUAAAGUGCUGCAUAACAGAGCAUCACAGAUGUAAUAUAUUGCGUAAAUAUAAUACAAUUACCAUUGAUUUAUUAUUAGUAGUAAUAGUAGUAGUAAUACAGUGAAUAUUACAUAACUUUACAAUUGUGAUAUAUUUCUGUCAUACAUUUUUCAUUUAAAUUGAGCUUUUAUUUUGACAGAGCUUUUAUUUUGAAGUGUUUCUGUGUGAUGAUGGUAGCUUUUCAGUCCGAAAAAGCCAGUCCAUUACAUUACUCAGUGAUAAUUAAACUGCAAAAGCCUGCUACUGAAUUAAAUAAGUAUGUACUCUGUAUGUGCCUCGUGCUACAAAGUGAAUUUGUGCUCUGUUCACUGUCAUCUGCUACAAACAGAGCGCUCGAUGCUCAUGAUAGUGUUUACAUGUAUGAGCCAAGGAGAAGCUUUUAAAGGUACGUGGGGUGAAGCCGGCGUCAGCACAACACUGUCUCCACCUGCUAAGCUAACGGAAGCAUUGCAGUUAUGUUUCCCUAUUUGUCAUCUUGGGCAAUGGAAUGCUUGUUCGGAAAUCGGAAAUAUCAAGUAGGAAUAUAACACAUCCAACUUUGAAUGGAACGUGGCAUAAGAUUGUUUCAGUACAGUCAAUCAAAUCACCAUAUAUGCAUGUUUACAGUGGAAAAAAUUAACUUUGUCUCUGAAUGUCCAACAUAUAAAUAUUAAACUUAUAUUAACCAAUGUAACUUUGGUUAACUAGUCUAAAUAGUCUAAUCCCUGUGAGAGCAUACUAACUGCAUUUGAAAUCUAAAUUAAAUAUAGUAAUGUAGUAAUAUGUAAGAAUAAUCAUGUUUCCAUCCAAGUUAAGAAUAUAAUUUAUGCAAAAAAUCGGAAUACCUCAAAAACAAUUUGCGAAUAAAGCAGCAUUUCCAUCCCAUUUGUUCAAGAGAUCAUCAUCGCUUCAGGGGAAAUAUUCCCAAAAUGUGGCUCUUUUAUUAAAUGUAAUGAAUUAAUUGUGGAUUAGAGCGUGCAGACAAAAUGCACUGACAAACUUCAUGUUUGCUAGCGUUCAGCGGCCGAUGUCUUAUAUCUUGAGCGAAAGCGCGCCACACAGUUCUGGUAAGUAAUAUUAACCAAUCAUUUUGAUGGCAGGCUUUUAUGAUAUUAGUCUGCUGGCUAGUUUAGUUCUGAGUGAAUUGUUCAGUCACAUGACUUGAGGCAAAGUUAUGUAACUUUUCUGACGUGCAUCUAGGAAUUUAUGUGGUAAAUGUGUUUCCAGUUUAUGCACGUCUUCUUUUCGAGAAAAUAAAAUGUAUCCACCAGCAAAUGUAUAUGUGUUUUAUGUGCAUUUUUGGAUCUUGGUGUUUCCAUCCAGCAUUUUUAUGUUAUAUCCCAACAUUUGCAUAAAAAUACAUGAAUAAAAAGCAGCAAAUGUGAUUUAAGAACUGAAUACAGCAAGAACUCAAGCAGUAUCAUCCAAUUUUUUAACUCUUUUAACAGACGUCGCUGCCUUUACCACACAGGCAUUUUUCACUGUCAUUUGCAUAAAGUUGAGCAUUUCUCAACUUUUGACGCUCUUACCGUUCGUCCCUCACUGGUUGCAAUCCCUCGCACGAGCGUGUCGCUCAGCUCCCAUUGAGAAUGAAUUUAAAAUGCCUGCUCACUCUCCGCACCAGUGGACACAUACUAUAAUUAUUUAAGUUUUUAUGGUUAGUUGCAUUUUAUUAUUUGCAUUUAGCAUUGCGACCCUAAAGGACCUGCAACCCAUUUUUUGGCCGUGACUUAUGACCCACCAGUUGAGAACCACUGCUUUAAACUGUCACAGCUCUCUGAAAAAUUUAUUUUCUUUUUCAUUCUCCAUAAAAACACCAGAACUAGUCAGUCAAAUGACUCUUUGUGUUUAAAGCUGCUGUUGCCUUCCAUUCCCUUAACCCUGGACAAACUCAUGCCCUGGGAAUGUCAGGAGAAUGCCUGCAUGUGAUUGAGAUUUUUACCACAAUGGGAUGGUACAAAAUGAUUGAGCAAUAUUUAUUUGCUGUUUUUUAUUUAUUUGGAUAAAAUGAAAUGUGUUUAGUGACUUGUUUUACAGUAGCUAGAGUGUACUUGCUGUUAAAGAUGUGUUACUGAGUGAAAAUAGUGGUUGGAUUGUUUGGAUAAUUCGAACAUACUGAAGAUACGUUCCACAUUUAGAAACCUCCAGCCCAUCAUGUGCAAAUGUGUUCCACACCUGAUGGUAGGAGUUCAAACCAAAGCGAAGCCAAUGAAUGCUACUUGGCCAAAGUAUAUGGGCAACCCCUUCUCAUUUUACAUGUUUGGCUAUUUUUAGCUACACCCUACUAACAGGUACAUGCAAUGAGGUAUACAGCCAAGCAAAAAGUAGAAUGAGGAGUACUGAACAGUUCAGUGACUUUCAACAUGGCACUGUCAUAGGAUGCCACCAGUUAAAUGAGUCUGGUGUGGAAGAACUUGACUGGCCUGCACAAAGUCCAGACCUGAACCCAAUUGAACACCUUUGAAACAGCGACUGUGAGUCAGAUCCCAUCACCCAAAAUCAGUGUCUGACCUCACUGAUACUCUUGUGUCUGAAUGGGAGCAAAUCAUUUAGAAGAGUGGAAGCUUUUAUAGCAGCCAAAAGAGGACAAACUCCAUAUUAAUGCCAAUGGUUUUGAAAUUAAAUGUUCAACAAGCACAUAUGGGGUGGUGUUCAGGUGUCUACAUACUUUUGGCCAUGUAGUGUAUGUUCAGAGUUGAGCACUAUUGAUUAUUGCCCCUGAAUGAAAACCUACUGUUUAAUGUACUGUUAUUGAUUAAACUGCUGCACUAAGUACUGUUUAUUUGUAUUCAUUAAAGGAAUGUUCCGGCUUCAAUACAAGUUAAGCUCAAUUGACAGCAUUUGUGGUAUAAUUACAACAAAAUGUAUUUUUUACAGUAAGGCACUUACAAUGGAAGUGAAUGGGGCCAGUCCAUAAAUGUUAAAAUAGUAAAAUGUUUAAUACAUAAACAUUUUACGUAUUAACAUGAUUGUGUGGGAUAAAAUAUACUGCCGUUACAUGUACCUGCUUAAAGGGUUUACCAGUGUUGCCUCGUCAUGACUACGAAGUUGUAAUAUUGGAUACAACUUUACCAGACUGAUGGUGCAUUCAUGUCAGAAAGAUCCUAUUUACGAGCGCACAUAAACGGCACCACAAAGUCAUAAAAGUUGAGUUGGGAGUGUCAAUUUAAGAAUCAUGGUGGAAGUAAAUUGUUUUUGGUAAUAAUUCAGUUUUACUUGAGGAUUUUGACAGCAGUUUAGAAUAACUGUUAACGGUAGAAUAACGAUAAAACUUGCCAAAACGUACGACUCAUUAAGCUGGUUUAUGCAGCGACAAGCAUUUUCAACAAAACUACAUUUCCCAUCAUUAAAUGUGGUCGCACAAGAAUGAUAAAAUAGGUAGAUAAAGCAUCAAUUACACACCUAAUGCGUGGCUUUCCUUUUAUUUUGUUGCAUUGGUGCUAAAAAAGCUUUCUGCCAACACUAUGUGAAAAAGAGAGAAAGGACUUGAACGCACCAUGAUCUCACUGUGAAUUUGGUGACAGUAGGUCAAAAGUUCUUCAGCUGCUGAAAUCGGUCUGUGCUAACCGAAAUUUAAACCACUGCCCCCAGUGGCCGAAGCUGGAAAUGUUUUUUGAAAGUAUGGGCACAUGUGAGCUCUAGUUUUUGGUGAAAUGUCCACAGAGUGGCACCAAAAGUGAGUUGUUUUUAUUUGGUUUUAUCAGUUCUGCCCCCAACCCUAAACCUAACCAUCAGUGGAGUAAAAAUGUAAUCUUAGAGAGAAAAUGCAAGCUCCGAAUUGAGCUUGUCACUGAUUAUGUGAAUACGAUUACUUCCCGGUUUACCCAUGUCUCUGAGAAUGCUCGAGCAACAUGCUAUCGGUAGUGCCACAUGAAAAGGUUAAUACAUUUGAAUUGAUGCUAAAUAAAAUGUCUGAUUGGAGAUGACGCUUGUUAGUAACUCUGCAGAAUGGGGCCGAUGUCAGGGUACUGGAAUAUUCUGCAGCAACAUCUGGACUUCCCAUGUAAUCGUGUUGACUUUACACAGAUAAGGUUACUAAGCAUAUAUUGUUUACAUCUUGUGGACAUACUUUUGAAACUUUUGUGCAAAAUACACUUUUGUGUAUUUUCACAUUUAUGGACUGGCCCCAUUCACUUCCAAGUGCCUUACUUUGCUUUUUCUAUUUUAAAUAAAUGAGAGACAGGUUUAAAUUAUUUUUGUGGUAAUCAACAUUAUGCCACAAAUGCUGUCAAAUAUGCUAAACUUUUAUUGAAUCCACAGCAUGCUUUAAAAGUCAAACUGAUACAGCACUCACAAGCCAUUUUACUUCCGUAAUGUGACAUAGACAUAGUUGAAAAUUUAGGCCUUUUUUGUGUGUGUUUGUGUGUGUGGAUUUUAUCCAUCUGGAAUUGAUUGGAUGAUAAAAAGUGAGCAUUUCAUACCAGAAUGGAGUCACUGGAUUGUGAAGGACUCUCCUCCUUAAACUCAUUUUUGAGGUUAGUUCCUUUUUCCAAAAGUAUUACACUAAAAUGAUUAAAUAUUCCAGUUUCUUUUUAAAUACAAUGCAGUGUUGAAGGUACUGUGAAUGAUGCCUGGUCUGAAGAAAUGAAUCAGAAGGAAUUGUUAAACUUUGUCAAUAUUUUAAGGAAGUGCUGUCUUUACUGGCCUUUUUAAGUAUGUAAUUUAAGUCCUGUUGAAAUGAGCUGACGUCAACCAUUUUUUUGUAAUGGGGUGUUUUAUUGUUUCUUAAUGAUCACAGAAGUAUUGUGGUUCUUGUAUUCCCAUAAAACAAUUAUUUUUACAAUUGUGAGUGUGUCAGUGGCACAUGUAAGGAUGGAUGUUUAUAUUCAGGAGUUUCUAAAAUUGUUGGAGUUGGUUGACUGUAUGGAAAGUCAAAGUCGAGUUGAAGUCGAUAAAGUGGAUGCAGGCGGGUGUAAAACGAGUCCUGAUUUUGUAAUGCUGUACCAGGUUUAACCCAUUUGAACAGACUUGUUAGGCAAACUAUAUGGGUCCAUCUGCAGGACAGGCAAAACUUAUGUCAGAAAGCUAAAUGCUGAAAUGUUUUCAUGACCACAGUUGUGAGAUCCUCUAGUUCAAGUGUCAGCUUAAAAUAUGCAAACUGUGUGUCACCAUUCCAUCUUUUA